GCGCUGCCCCUUCCGGCCCGCGGGCUCCGCUCGGCUCCUCCCGGCUCCUCCCGGCGCGCCCAGGCGGCGGCCGCGGGCACUCUGCCUUCGGCUGUUUCCGGAGUCGGUCGCGGCGGGCGGCGGAGGUGCUGCCGGCGCGGCUGCAGAUGUCUGACCCGCGGGCGGAUGAGGGGCCGGGCUCCUGGAGCCCCGAAGCCGGCCGAGAGUCGGCGGGCGGCGUCGGGGACGGCCCGGGAGUGGAGGGGAGCCAGGCGGCCGCCUCAGGGAAUGAAGAUCUAGAAAACACCAAGGUCGCCUCCCCAGCAGCUGCUGCCUGUGAUCCAGAGCCCCAGCCCUCACCCUACAGGCCGCAGAUGGUUUCCCCAGCGAGUGAGGGUGCCACGGAAGACCUGCGGAAAGCCUCCGGUGCCGUGGAGGCGCAGGCCUUGGUGGAACACGAAUUGCUGUCUGCAGAGAUGGCCAAGUACCAAGUCCCACAGUGGCCUGGGGACAUCGUUAUGAUCCAGUCUGAGCACACAGGAGCUGUAGAUAUUCUUUCAGCUGAUCUGGAAUCUGCAGACCUACUGGGAGACCACAGGAAAGUCUCGCCACCUCUGAUGGCCCCUCCAUGCAUCUGGACCUUUGCCAAGAUGAAGGAAUUCAAAAGCAAGCUGGGCAAAGAGAAGAAUGGCCGUCUGGUGGUGAAGCGGGGUGAGGUGGUGACCAUCCGGGUACCUACCCACCCAGAGGGGAAGCGUGUCUGCUGGGAGUUUGCAACUGACGACUAUGACAUUGGCUUCGGCGUUUAUUUUGACUGGACGCCGGUAACCAGCACUGACAUAACUGUGCAGGUCAGCGAUUCCAGCGAGGAUGAGGAUGAAGACGAAGAAGACGACGAGGAGAUUGAAGACCCUGUCCCAGCUGGAGAUGUGGAGAGAGGCUCCAGGAGCUCCCUGCGGGGUCGCUAUGGGGAGGUCAUGCCUGUGUACCGGCGGGACAGCCACCGAGACGUGCAGGCUGGCAGCCACGACUACCCCGGUGAGGGCAUCUACCUGCUCAAGUUUGACAACUCCUACUCACUGCUCCGCAACAAGACUCUCUACUUCCACAUCUACUACACUAGCUGAAGGCCCGUGGGGACGGGGAGGGCGCGUGUUUGCUGGCUGGAGCAGGCUGCCGGCCGGUGCCUCUUGUUGAGCGUGAGGCUCCUGACCCUCACGCCCUACCUGGUACGCCUGGCUGUCGACCCCAUGUAGCUUUUCCCCCUCCUUGGCUUCUGCCGCUGUGCUAUGGUCCCUGAUUCACACUCUUCUUGCUUCAGACUCCAGCAAAAUCCCUCUGUGAAGGUGCCCAUUGGGCAAAAGCCUAAAAGGAAGUUGGGGGUUGUCUUUUAAAAAUGGGUUUGUUUUGGUACAGGUCUCUUAUUCCAAUUGCUGCUCUCGCCUCUCCAGAGCCUGUAUUGCAGAUGUGUUUGGUGAUACCCACCCUCGUUUUGGAAGUGCUAAAAGAGGGAAAAGCACACUGUGCAUGAAGGGACCCAACCUCUUGGAUGGAGAAAGCUCUGUCCAGCCUCUCACCACUGCCAUAGUCCCGCCUGCUGGCUCUAGCACAGGCUGGGAGCCCUCACUGCCUUUCAGGGGUGUUAUUAGUCCUGAUGGUUCACGUCUGCCUCUUUGCCUCCUCUUUGCCCUUUGCUAAGCCUGUGUCUUUGUCAUUACAGCAAGAACUUCAUGCAGUCUAAAGUGAUGGUCAAUGUAACUAGGGUCUUCUGGGGAAAACAACUGCCUCCAUCACUUCCUGUUUCAAGAGGUAGUGUCCCUCACUACAGGCAGUGGUGGUCGAAGGGGAAAGAGUGGCAGUCAGGUACUGGACUGAUCUCAGAACCCACAUCUAAAUCGUUUUUUUUUAUAUAAUCAAAGAAGAAGGGGUAUAAUCUGAGAAAGAAGGUUAAAAAAAAACAAAACCACUCCAGGUUCCCCACCACUUUAUUUUUCUUUCUUUAGAGUAGGAGUGUUAUUUAGAGAUUUUGCUUUGGAACCAAUCAGAUUUGCAAAGUUUCUGAGUUUAGGUUUCUUGCAUUCAGGGCUUAAAGCUGUUGGUGUUUCGAGUCUCUUAGGAAAGGUGAUAAUGAGCUUCACCGUUGCUACUGAUUGGAUUUGCUCUUUCCCAGGCCACCUUGCAUUUCCCUGGUGAUGGCCUUUCUCACUCUAUAACCCUGAGGCCCAGGAGUGCUGAAGGGUGCUGCAGCCAGUGGUCACCGUGCGGGACAGGGUGGCAGGGCCUCAGGCAGAGGAGGAGGCAGAGAAGGGACCACUGCACUUGUGGGUACCUCCUUGUUUCUUAUUCCUUGUGUCACGUCUGUUACUGCCUUAGAAUUUUAAGGAUAAUUAGAUUUAUUUAUUACCUUAUUUAUUUUUUUUAGCACAUUUCAAUAUGUCUUUGAAACAGUUUCCAUCUGUUUCUCAGAAGGCUUCUGCCUGCCCUGAGCCAUUGAGGCCACCUCUUCUAUGGAGUUAAAGAGAAGUGGGGAAGUGACCAUGUUCCAUUCCUGCAAGUCAGGCCUGCCGUGCUUAGGGCAGGAUCUGCCCUCCUGACAUGGGUGACGCUAACCUACCCAGCAUUCCCGGUGAGGAUUGUAGGUUGUGAGGGACUCUGCCCAUUUGCCUGGGAUUGAUGCAGAGGGCUUGACUAGCCAGUCAGAGAGAUCCCGUGAUUCCAGGUUCUCCAAGUCCUUUGCCUGCUGAGGAGUCCUGUGCUUCACGGUGUUUCCUCGGGCUCAUUCCUUCUUUGUGUGAGCGCCUCCCACCAGGCCUCCCUUCCACACAGGAGCAGGAACUGGAGGAAGUGGGCUCCUCACAAUAGGUUUGCAAUAGCAUCUUUGUCAUGAACGAAGGGUGGAGAGCCUGCACCUUCUGGUCCCCUGUGCGCAAAGCCCCAAGUGGGGUAGGAUGUGGUGGACUGCCAUAGUGUCCCCAUUCUCUGAGCGGUGUCAUACCUCCAUUAUUUAUAUCGAAGUGCAUUUUGUAGAGGAUUACACUGGCCAAAAUUUAUAUACCUUGUAAGAAAUUAGAAAUUAUUUCAGCAACUGUCGAUUUGGGCAGUGAAAAGCAAACUUGCUGUGCGCCAUCCCAUCAGAUAGUGAGUGACUACUCUUUCAUCACUAAAGUUGAAUCAUGCUUUUGCUAAUACAAUCUUCAUAAAAUAAUUUUCUACUGAGCUGUUCUCCAGUCAGCUAAAGCCUUGCUUAUUUUUCCUGUUUAUUAUUAACUUCUGACUUUCUCUUAAAAUGGAGUUGCCAGGCCAUAGCAAGCUCCCUGGAUAACAUUUAUUGUUUAUUUUUGCUGUGAGAGUCUCUGUCCUUAUUUUCUUUGGAAUUCUAAUUCUGUUGCAUCACGAAAGCCUGAGGGACUUGUUUCUACCACCUCUGUGUGCCUCUUAUUGUCUGGUCACUUUUGAAGUCCUGGACAUUGUUACAAUUCAGUUAGGGUUUCUUUGUUCCAUUUCCAUAAAAUUGCUAAAAGAGGAUGUUUUCACCGUCUAAUUCAUUCACUGUUCUCAUUAAAUUUCUGAAAUUAUUGAACUUUAGAGACAAAAUAUUUACUGAAGCACAGGGAAUUACUGAGAAUUUCAUAGCCCAGCGAAUCCUAAGAGGUAGUUAUUUCCUUAGUCUCUCUGUGUCCAAGUUUAUAGAACCAAACAAUGAAAUAAAAAUCAUUUGUUUUCACUCUCACCCUGUUCUGUAGAACACAAGUAAAUAUUAACAAACAAUCGAAAGAAAGUGCUUCAUCAUAGGAGAGAGGCUGGAAUUCUCUACAUAGCGUGGCUGAGUUCUUAAAUUUCUUUCGUUGGUUUAAGUUGUGCUACUUUGUUGAGAGGUGGGGCUUUUAGAAAUGAUGUUUAAAGGGUUAAUUUUUUCCCAACAUGUUACUGUGAAAAAUUUUCAGCAGAAAACUUAAAAGAUGUAGAAACAUGUGUACCACCACAUGGAUUUUAAAAUUACAAGCUGCUAAUUUUUAAACAAAGAUGAUUCUACCAUUCUGUUCCUUUUGACAAGUGUCCAGUUAAGUGUCUUCCCUGCACAGACGUUAGCUUAGAGAGCUCCUGGAUUUUUGCAGACUUGUUUCAUUCAGCGUGCGUUACCUCAUAAAAGUGUUUCUUGGCCUCCCUCUUUCAAACUCAUGCUUUAGUAUUUCUCCCUCUCCCUCAGGUCAUAAUUUCCACUGUUCUUCUCUAACUGGAAUGUUGGAGUUAGGGUAAUUGUGAAGCUGUUUGGGAAGGACUUUAUUCUAAUCUCUUUGUUUUAUGAGAUAUCCUCAGGAAUCUGGAUUGAAACUCAACCCUACUACAAUAUGCAGCUUUAUAAUGGAAGUAGGUAGGCACUUGAAAUGAGGACAUUCUGUUAUUUUUUUCUUAAUUGAUUCAUGCACUUUAAAAAUAGUUGUCUCUGUCAUUUAGGAAAGAAAAUCUCAUCCUUUUAUAAAGUAUAUAUAUUGUCCUUGUAAUAUCUAUGUGGAAGAGUUAAAUCUGAAAGCUCAAUGUCUUAUAUUUAACAGUGGGAUUAGAUAUUGUAAUAUUUAUCAUUUGCAGGAAGUAUCUGAGUUUAUACGUUUUUGUUGAGCCCUACUGAGUCCCUCAUUGAAAGAAUUAGGUGAAACUCGAGCCCCAAAGUCUGUAUUUUUAUAUUGAUUUUUAAAGGCCACUUUUCUGGAAAACAUUGCCUUUUAACUCCUAAGUAUGUGGUUCUAAGGUACACAGUUGAGUGACCCUAAUAUUUACAUAAAAGACUGUAGCUUUAGAGAAAAGGGCAUGAGUGAAACAGUUUUGUGAGUUUGAGAACUGCCUUUUUAAAUUGAUAGUAAGGAAGCAAAACAGAACAAAUUGAGGGGAAGAGAGAAAAGCUAUCAAAUGUAUCCUGGAAUUUUGCUCAUAUCCCGAUUUUGUUCUUUUGUUUGCAGUUCAUUAGUUGGAGUUUUUUUUUUUUUUUUUUUUUUUUUUUUUAAAGUUGGAGUUAUUUUUAAGACAGAAGCCUGACUGGUUCUCAUUCCACUUGGAGAAAUCCCAAACCUACUUUGCCAUCUUUUCCAACAGGAUCGGCUUUAGAAGUAUUUUUGAGUAGGUCUCCUCUACUAAGUGUAAUCCUGACCUGAGGAUUGAUUUCAUCUCUGUAUUCUCUGAGACUUAUGAGUCUAGUGCAAUGAAAAAGACGGUGAGUUUAGAAGGAGGCUCGUUGUGUUGCACAACGGAGUUCCAGUUGUGUCACUGUAACCACAGCUGGUUUUGCCUAUGACCAAGAAAGGGAUGAAGUGGGUUAAUUUUAACCGACAUCACAGAAGAGUUUCAAACGAGCACGUUUGGGAGCAAGCUGGGUCCCUGUGGGCCGACCUCCCUGGGAGGUGUAGAAUUCACUGUCUUUAAUCUGGGCGGAUGGUCAUCUAUACAGCGAUGAAGGAAUAAACCAAAUACACAGUUCUCCCUGUUAGAGCUUCCACUUAGGUUUUCUCCUGAAUCUGUACAGUUGACCUCAAACUCUUUAACUAGUAUCUUUCCACGUGGUCAGAAGUGUAGAACUCCUGAAGCCUCAAGAAAAGGGAAGAGCACAGUGGUUGAAAAGAGUUGGAAAGUGAGUUUCUGUCUGAAGGAAGGUUAUUUCAUUUUUGUUGUGGUGAGGGGUAGCUCGUUAAGGAUUUCUGCUCUUUAGAGAGCAAGUCAUUAUAUCCAUUGUGCUUGUGCUCAGGGAGCCAUGAUGCAUGAUUCUUUGGGGAGUAGGGAGGGAACGGUGUCUAAACCAGUCACAAGCCGGGUGCUUUCCAGCAACCCCGCAUGUGGUGAGUAUCUACACGGCCAAAGUCCCAGUCUUCAUGCACGUGGGAUCCUGUCCCAGGGCUCUCAUUUCCACACAGCUGAGAGACAGAGAGAGGGCCUAGCCUCCCUCCAUUUCUCUCUGAUGUCUUCAUUAUUUCUGGUAUUGUUUAGCACUGGCAGUAUGGUAUUCAGGGCCUCAGUUUACCUGAUUAACCAGAAUUAAAUAAUAGUGUGAGUUGAGUAGAUAAGGCAAUCAACCAUGAUUGGCAGUCGGGCUGGGGAGGGAUUAUGCCUUAUGGUCCCAUAUUGGGACCGCUGGGUAACUGACUGUAUGACUGUGCAGUCGGAACUCGUUCACCUUACCGAGUGAGUGCAGAGGACAUGACUGUGCUGCACCGAUAAGGACUUCAAAUCAAUUUCCUUGACUAAUAAACAGAGCAAGCCCUCCAUCUGGGGGAAUAUACUCUGUCACUGGGGAAUGUAUUCUGUGUGAUUUCAGUGUGAGCUCAGAGUCAGGGCCCACUAAAGGAAGCCGUGUUCUGUGGGCAGUGACUUUGGCAUUCUGUAAAGGAGGAGCCCCUGGGAGCUGGUUCCCGUUGGCCUCUUUUCUGGGAACGAGGAGAAGACUCUCAGGCAAGAACUGCUUUGGCUCUGUUGGUACCUGUUAUGGUCAGUGUUACCCUUUGCUCUGUCUAACCAGUCCAGCACCUAUGAACACUUCUUUGAUAUCUACCCACUUAUUUAGGUAACAAUUAGGGCAGGAUUUGGGACUCAAAGGGUGAGAGAAAGUUUCUAAGUAUUAUGUAGCCAGGUGCCAGAAAUCACUGCUCUCUCUGGAGUGUUGCAUUGUCCCUGCCUGAACCCAGAAUGCCAAACAAAGGCCCUCCUGUUUGAAUCUCUUGUCACCAAGGUAAGAAAACCCAAUCAAUUGCCUAAAGCCUUGAUGGUGGGGCUCAUUUGCAAAUAGUCACUCUCGAAAACCAAAGGCAAGACUCUGGCUUUGGAAUUACUUGUGGUCCUGGUCACUGGUUUGAACUCGUGAUUUCUAUUAUAUGUAUUUUGAUUUCUUUUAGGCCCCAGGCAUGUGGACCAGAGUUAGUGGUAUGGCUCUUCUUCACUCUGGGAGAUGAGAAAAAGGUGCCCC